GGAUGCUACAAUGAAUUCCUCCCCAUUGAAUGAAAGUAACAAAAAUGAUGAAUAUCAGCGAAUCAAAUUCAAGGAAAAUAAGAAUGACGUUGAUAUGGCUGCCAAAGCUGAAAAAUGGAUGGGAGUUCUGGUUAAUAAAGAAAUUGAUAACAAAAGCUAUAUGGGUAGUGUUGUGAAUUACUGUGGUGAAACCAAAUUAUUCCAGAUAGAUUAUGAAAAUGAUGUGUCUGAGGAAGUGGAUUAUCAAGAGUUGCAAAAAAUUGUAGCUCCUCCACCACUAGUUUGCGAAUAUCUGGAAAGGAUUAAUCCAAGUGAAAUGGAGAAGGAAAAAAAGAAACAACAGCAGCCACAGGAAGAUUCAUGGGUUCCAGUCCAUCCAAGAUACCCAUUAACUUAUCAGCAACAGGUGAAACCCAAGAAGAGAAAGUGCAAAAGAGAAACUGGCAGUGGUGCUUCAUCCACCACUGGCUACAUACCUCUGGCAUUUAGAGAGACAAAAAGGGAUGCCUAUAUUUACUAUUAUAAGUGAGGUUUAGGUGAUGUUACUAGAGAGUUUGAUUAUCUUAUUUGGUACUUCUGGAUUUCAAGUUCCUUUUAAUAUUUUGGCAUUAAUGAAAAUUUUAGGUUAUCGUUUUUCUUUUUCAUUUUGAA